GUGUGGUAAACAUGCUUUUGAUUGAAUCUCUCCGUUUCAGGUUGCGCCUUCACUGCCCUUGCAGGAGGACUUUAUGUAUCACUGGAAGGCCAUCACACAUUAUUACAUAGAGACAUCGGAUGACAAAGACCCAGUGACAGACACCAACAUCCCGUCUCAUCUGGAGCUGAUGCUGGACAUCCUGACGCAGGAGGAGUCAGAAGAUACUGGGCCAUGCAUGGAGUACCUGCUGCACCACAAGAUCCUAGAGACCGUCUACACCCUGGGCAAGGCAGAUUGUCCUCCGGGAAUGAAGCAACAGGUCCUGCUAGGACGCAUUCGCCAGCCUCUUCUGCCCCACAUCAAUGUCCAUAGACCUGUACUGAUCAUACAACCAACCAUCCGUGGAGAUCAGUGGACAAAGGGCUGGACAAUGGGCCGCACCGAAAAAACGCAUGGUUCCCAUAAAAAGCUGUUAGUUUUGCUGGAUUCUUAAAAUGUGUUUCUGUACGCAGCAUGUGUCUUGGAGUCACUUUUAAUUCUUAUUUGAUCUACCGUUUCUAUCAUAGGCCACUAAUCGAUGGUGGCUCAGGGCGGUAACAUUCUGCUCAUCUGAUGAAGGUGCACAUGGAUCAGAUUCAAACUUUGAAGGCCGAGAUCGAGUCAUUGAAGGCAGACCAGCAGAAAGAGUAACAUUAUCUGAGGGCAGAGAUACGAGGGACAGCUGAUGCAUUGGUCCAGAGCCAGGCAGUAUUGGCAGAGUGUCACUCGUCAUUGACAGAGAGUCAGGCGGAGAAUGACGCGUUGACGAGGGCGAGGAAGGAGAUGGAGUCACAAUCCAUUCCAGGCACACCUGUGAGCUCUGGAACUCCAACUCCUACAGGCAGAGUCAACAUAUGUGGCAACAUAUGUGACAUUUCCAUUUUCCUUCUGACAACAGAACUGGACCAACUGCUCACCAGGCACAGCGAGGGCUGUCCGGAUCGUUACGCUGUUCUGCUAUUCCAAAGAUGUUUAACUGAAGAGAGAUACCACGAGUGGACGCAGAAUACGAACUGCGAUGGAUCCCGAGGCAAAUGUGGCUCUGGGUGUUCGUCAUUAAAACUGUCUCCAGAAGUUUCUGUCCGUGACUGAUGCAACCUGAAAAAGCAUUCAAGAAAGAGUUCAUGAGUACUUGAGGUCACCGAGAAAGUCUAGACAUGGCCUGCUCUCCCUUAUGUAAGGAAUUAUUCAUUACUUUACCAUAUUUACUACAGUAUUUACUGUAGGCUAUGUUUACUUGUCAGACUGCACAGUAGCCCAAUAAACAAAUGCAGGUGGCUUCUAUCUUCAAAAUGCUUUAAAUGCUUUAUUCAAAUGUUUAAAGUGCAUGUGGGCAACCUCAUGCAACCGCAAA